AUGGCGGACGUCUCGAUUGUUUCGGCGGUUGCGAGGCUCGAGGCGUCUAGCCAGGACGAGAGAAACAAAGGCCUUGAUGAUCUCAAACGCAUCCUGAGCCGAGUAACGGCUUCUUUCCAGCGCAAACGUGGCAGACCUGCACAUGCACAUGGCGAAGCCAGGUCCAAGGGAAAUGAAGAGGACGAUUUUCACGUCACCUUUGAGCUGCUCUACAAAAUUGUGUCCAAGCAGAAGCCAGCAUUUCUUCGGGCGGCCAAGCCCACGGCAAGGAAUAGUGCUACAUCCCGCCUAGAGGCCGCUGCUGCCGCCUUGCGUCAAGCGGUAGAGAUUAGCACUCCAUUUCUCAGGUUCAAGACAGCUCUUUCGGUACUGGAUCAUAUUGUUGAUACACUUCCCACUGCUGAUGGAUCCUGGUGUGAGCCACUGGUCAACGACUACCUCAAAAGCUUUCGAAUAUUGCUCGACCAUGCUCCACACGUGGAACACAUGCGUCGAAAGCAAUGGCAGACUUAUGUGGACUUUGCCUUGGGUGCAUUAUCGUCUGUUUUGGAUGAUAGUGUGCCCGAGGAGGACGCUACACAUAGCCAAGUUACAAGCACGGCUUCGAGCAGGUACCACUUAUCAGUGCGUGUCAGCCAACGAAGCGGUCGGGCGAGUGGGAAAGAUGUGGCCUCCCAUGCCGAAGAGAUUAUUCUGGCUUUGAAGAACCUGACUUCGGUGACGAACGCUCCGAUCAUGACUCGGGCUUCCGCUAUUGGACACACUAUGGGUGAAUUUCUGGAGACUGCUGCGAGAGCGCAAGAGGUGGCUUUCGAAGUGCUACACGACGUUACGCGUUCGUCCUUGACCGAAGAUGUCGCGCUCACACAGAACCUGUUGUGCGACCUGAUGCCAGCGAUGCGGAGACUGUGGUCGCGAUCAGCUUUGCUUCGAGAACGAAUACUCGGCAUAUUGUUCCCUUGCAGACACCUGUUUCUUUCCUGGGUUGAGCCAUGGCCUUGGCGCGACAUACCAAGUCUCAAGCACUUUUUAAACACUCUCUUGAAUGAGUACAAAGGAAGAAAUGCACGAGACCUGCUACAAUUCGAUGACAUGCAACCUGUCGUCGCAGGAGAGGACGGCCCGAUGCAGGGAAAGCAGUUUAAGCCGGUGCAGGACUCAGCAAGAGCGGUGUCCUGUUGGAUGACGUUGUCUGUCAUCGCCAGCCUUCUCUUGGCCUCAAGUCGAAGGGUACGACCGCCGAUCAACGAUGAUGCCGCAGAAGAUGCCCCUCAGAAACGACAAAAAGUCCAGGUUCCCCUAGACGAGAUCCUGCAGCUUGCAGUCGAAGGUGUCGGCCAGGAGAAGCUGAUCGCUUUGCAGGUCGUCUUCUUCCUCCUUAAUGAACCUAGGCACAUUGAGCAAGACUCUCUCCAAGAAGUGUCAAAAGCUGUCUCUGACCUGUCCCAAGAAGAUGGUAGCAUUCAGACGUGGGUGUAUCUGAUUUUUGCUCGCCUUGCUCUUUGUGAUGACUUCACGAGGCAAAGUCCACCACUUCUCUGGCACCAAAUAUGGGAUGCGGCCCGGAGAGCCAUCUCUGUAACGACUACAGUAAGGGCUGCAUGCCACAUGCUGGAGGUGACUAUCACUUUAGGACUCUUACCCCCGGCCAUGAACGGCACCCUUGUCGACAACGCCAUCUUUGGAGGAGGCAGCAGUGGCCCUUCCAGUCUGACCGACACUGCACUGACGAUGUUCACAACUAUUUUACGUGCCGGGAUUCUAGACAACCAAAGGCAUUUCGAAGCCUUUUGUGUCAAGAUCAUCACGUGGCUCUCUGCUCGCUGGACUCUUCCCUCGGCACUUGAUCGUUUGCACAAUGCACAGAUUGCUUUCCACGCAAGACCGGUCUAUAUGUAUACACUACUGGUGACCAUGUGUGGAAACCCCGACUCGGUACAGUGCGGUAAUGACUGGUCUCCUUCUCAUCAACUGUGGACACUCUCAUUAGAGGCGUCGUUUCGUCUGGACUUUUUGCAUUACCUUCUUGGGAUCCCUCAGCAAACCGGACACACUGAGUCUAGGAGAACACCCAGUACUCAUCAGCUUGAUGCAUCAACAGCUGCUCGCCUGGUUCGAGCGAUAAUGGGACUCUUGGCGGGACGACUGAAGGAGUUCGUCGUUUCAUGGGAGGCGAUACACGCCGAGCGAAGUGUAAAUAUUGGAGGCGACAUCGUUGAUAUCGUUGCAAUGGCCUCCAUUGUUUCAUCUGCCUUCUGGAUCCGUUGUGGUCGGGCUGAAAGUGAAGCGAAUCCCCCCACACUUUGGUCUGAGAGCCGCAAACUUGUCAUAGAUUUCAUACUCCAGGAAACCGACAGCACCUCUCAAUACAUGGCUGCCCGAAUAUGUGGUUAUAUCGUGAACCUUCAUCGCCAACUGGACCGAGCAGAGGUCGAAGUGGAUUCCGACGAAUAUCGGUCCAUCAUAGAGUCGGCGUUGCAGCUAACUAGACGUUUCUUGCCACCCGGCGCCUCAGCAGAACCGUCCGAUCAGGACCUCUCAGAGUGGGAGACAAUAGCAUCUCCAGUGUCUAGAAGGAGUCAAACCAGCAUUGUUGCUAAUGUCUUAAGGGUCGACCUCCCCCUCUGUCAGGAUUUUGCAGCCCUUCUGGCGAAACAUACGGUUGAGUUAACUACUAUUCUGCAAGCAGUGAAAUCGCACAGAGCGUUCGACCCUGCGGCCGCUGCGCAGGUCGUCGAUGAGAUCGUGGCACUCGACCCGAUAUCGCUCAUCGCUGCGCGUGGGGCCGUCCAGGACUUUCUCAAUUUGAAGACAGGGAUUACACGGGUGGACGCUCAUCGACUUCUGACGAGACUUGCAAAGUUGUACCUCGCAGAAGAGGCCUACGAAAGGUGCGAGUCCGUGCAAUGCUUCUGUUUGAACGUACUGCGUGGGCUUGUGGAUCUCUGGGCGCCAGACGACGAAGACGACGACUUGGCUGCAGUUGCCUUUGAUAUCUAUGAAUGGUUCCUCAACACUGUCUUGGGCAGAAACAUUGCAUCGCCAAAAGUGCUUUCUACAAUGGUGGAACUGCUGGAUGUUCUGAUGCGAGUAAAUCCGUCUUAUGGAGGCGAAGAUUUGCCGUCUCCCAGAACAAGCCUUCUGAAAACCCUCCAAGUCAGCGAUUCCUCAAGCAAGUAUCGCAUGACAGAGAAGUUGUCUCACAUUUUCGAGAAGUAUGUUCUCGACCAGCAUGAGGCCAUCUUUGACGAUAUUGUUGAAAAUCUGCCCGCUGAUCCAGACAACAAAGAAGGCAUCGCAGUGCGCCUGUAUACAAUUGCGCACCUUGGCUCUCGAUGGCAUACAGUGUUGCGACGAGCAACUUACCAUUUGUUCGAGACGGUCGCCAAUGUCCCUUCUACUACAUCACUCGCGCGUGGUUGCAUCGACUCUACCUGCAAAAAACUCCACAUUGAGCAUCCCAGUCGACUUUUCAAGUUUUUCUCGCCUCAGAUCUUUUAUACCUGGCUAUCGAAAGAGACGCUGUCCCGCAUGCCUUUCCGCGCGUUUGGAUAUGAUACAUUGAGCGAAAUGGCCCGUGACAACAUUUCCGAGCUCACGGGACAGAUUGCACUGCGCGGGUUCAGUCAUGCUGAAGAGCUGACACGACUGGUUGGACAGGACUGGAAUUCGUUGCUAAUUGAGGAGUUUGCUUACGUCGAAGCGUACACUCUCUCGUCGGAGACCAGCCUACCAAACCAAGACCGUCUGUAUGACGGGUCCGAGAAGCUGGUGAGGAAGCAACUGGGAGCUGACCGCUAUUUGCAGCUGCUUCGCUCAGCCCUUCCGGAUAUCAUCGCCCGCCUCAUCAUAUCGCUCAAAGACGACCGGGGCAUUGACAAGGCCUUUGAAAAGAGCCAACAAACGGAUGUACUUGCCGCGUGGAAGGAAAUGGCCAGUUGUUCUUCUCAGGACGUGCAGCUACCUCUUUCUCAGCAGCCCUGUUUCCGGGCAAGGUGCCUUCUGGACGAGGUCAACUACAUCUGCCUACGACUGGAUCUCCAGCCGAGUGAGCUCUGGUCUUCUGCAUUAUUGGUCCAUGUCUACCGACAGUUGCUUGACAAGGCAAGGCCCGCUUUUGGGCCUUUGCAUAUCUGCAACAUCAUCCGGAAGCUCAGGAUAGUAGUCAGCCUGGCAGGGUCGAUAGCCUUGGCUGGGUACCCAUUGGAAAUGCUACUUGACAAUCUACGGCCUUAUUUGACCGUGUUCGACUGCGCUGAAGACGCAAUGGGCAUAUAUCGCUACCUACUACUCCAUGGGGCGCCACAUCUCCGCGGCCGUAUCUCUUUCACGGCAGGCCUGGGCGUAGCUACCUUUGCCUCUUUGACAGGGUUCAUCGCUUCGCCUCAGGAUAGCACUACACAAGAGAGCCACUUUCUGGCGACAAUGACCAAGGCACAGGAGUUUCGAGACUUUUUAGGUCAAUAUCUCGAGGCCUUCGAUCCCCACGAUGCAACUAAAGAUGCCCUGGUGACGUUUAGACAGGUUGUGCAGGACGCCAAAGCUAUUUCGCAGGCUGGAAACAGCGCCCUAAGUACAAGCGAAGGGAGUCUGCUUCGAGCGCUUCUCUCAGACCGAAGCAGUGAACAUCCGUUGCUGAGCGAUCUGCAUUUUGAUCUCUCCAUACAGAUACUCUGCCGCAACUUUUCACUUUCGGCAGAUGCCCAAGACGACAUUCUUGGUGACGAUCUAGAAGCAGCUCGAUUCUCUCCUACUUUGAUUUCAAUACUGAAGAGGCUCCCUUUGGACGAGGCCUUCCGCAUCUGGGCUGCUCAAGGAAUCGGGCGAGGUUACAUUACCCGUGGACUGCACUUGAAUAUAAAUGAAAUUCUUAGAGCUGGCCAGUCAAUGGUAUCUUUGACGGGUCACGAUCUGGAUGCAAUGGCUUCUUAUACAGGGAUUGUGCGAUAUCUCUCAGACCUGCUGUGGAAGGCAGACUUCACCACCUCAACCGUUGCUGAAAGCACUUUACAGCUUAUCUUCAGUUCGCUCAACCCUGCGACUGAGCAAGCUUUGCUUGACCCGGCGUUCGACCGGAAUUUGGUGAAUGGACUGCGAUUCCAUACCUUCCCUUGUCCUCCCAUUCGGGCUUCUUCAUAUCUCGCGCUUGAAAAGGGUCUUGACACUCCGAGCAGCAUACUCCUGAGCGACCAGCCUCGGAAAUGGGCUGCCGUACUGCUUCAAAGGAUAUGUCAGGAAUCGGCCGACGACCCUGUCUUAGCCUUUGUCGAUCCUCUCAUUGCGGCGAUCCCGGAUUGCGUUGAUAUACUGUUCCCCUAUGCCGUCCACAUUGCCUUGCACAGUGAGCUCCAUAGGGCUCAGGCCUUCAAGGAGAGCCUGUCACAAAGCUUUUCCCAGGCUCUUUGUAUGGAAGGACAGUCAACAAAACAGGCUCAGCAGUUGAUACUCAGGACAAUCUUGUAUUUGCGAGAGUGCAAGAUUCCUAAUGAAGACAAUAACGCUCAGCGGAAUCUGUGGCUUGACAUUGACUUUGGUGAAGCAGCAAUCGCCGCUGCUAAUUGUCAGAUGUGGCACGAAGCCCUGCUCUUCCUUGAGUUGCAGAAUUCUCAAGCUCAACUUCAAACAGGACGCUCCUCUCGCAGAUCGAUGAACAUGACAGAGUCUGUACCCCUCGAGGUGGUAUCCAGGAUUUACGAGAAUGUCGAUGACCCCGAUUUUUUCUACGGCAAACAUGAAGAGUUUGAUCUGCAGUCCGUUGUUCACAAGUUGACCCAUGAAGGUGCCAGCCAGAAGUCGUUAUCUUUUCAAAGUGCGAUGCUUGACUCACAACUACGAAUGAGUGACCAGGAUUCAGAUUUCAGCACUGUUGCACAAAGAACCGCCUCGACUUUGAGCACUGCGAAUAUGCAAGGGAUUUCUGAAGCUGUACGCCAGUAUUAUGAAGGGCUGGGCAAUAUGUCACAGCUGACUGGGGAACGAUGGGACGUCUUACCCAGGAAGGAGCCUGUCGGAUAUCCGACGAGCGUGCCAGAUUUGCUCUCCGGCAUGCUUAGCACCCCGAAUACAGCAGCCCUAGGUCAAGAGUUGGAUCGGUCUUUACUUGAGGUCGUGGAUCUGAUGACCACGGAGCUCGUCGACAAGGACUUGACAAGUAAACUGCUCUCCCAUAUGGCAGUCCUUGCCGAGGUGAAGCAGACUGUUGGGGCAUCGACGGCGAAAAGCCUGGAGACAAUCAUAAGUGCAAUAGAGGCAAGAAACGAGAAGACCAAAUUCGCCGUAUUCGAAAAAUUGUCCCCGAUCCUGGUUGGGAGAGAAAGUGCCUUCACGGCCAUCCGCAAAAAUGCCAGCCUCCAGACUACACUGUCAGUCGGCUUCCCCGAAGCUCUGCUGUUUGAAAUCAGAGUCGCACGUCAGUCUCUGCAAAUGGCUUCAAACUACGAAGUACCUCAGUUUGGUUUGAAUCGUACCAUCUAUCUGACCCAGCUCAGCCAACUGGCUGCCGAAGCAGGCCUGAAAGUCGACAUCGCCGUUCAAUACGAUCUUGCAAGGACGUUCUGGGCCCAGAACGAAGUGUCCGCGAGCAUCGGACUUCUCCAGAACCUCAAGCAACGCAAUGACAUGGCUAAGCAAGCCAUCAGCGUCACCAAAGCCGAUCUUCUGACCGAUCUAGGACAUAAAGUGGCGGAAGCGCGGCUUGAGAAGCCAGACGAGAUCAUAGACGGCUACCUGUUACCUGCUUUCAAGGAACUUCACGGCCGCGUCGUUGGACCCGAGGCCGGGAGAGUUUCCCACAACUUUGCUGCUUUCUGCGACAUGCAGCUGCAAGACCCUGACAACUUGGACGAUUUCACCCGCAUCAGCAAGAUCCGGGAUCGGAAAAUGCGCGACAUUCACGAACUGGAACGCAUGCACAGGAACGGGGAUGAAAGGCAGCAGAAGCAACUCAAGUCCCACCUGACCCGGGCAAAGGAGUGGUUCAAGCUCGACGACCAGGAGUACGAAAGGGUGUCGCAAAAUCGGCAGACACUGAUUCUUCAGUGCUUGGAAAACUAUCUUCUCUCCAUGAGAGCCUCUGACGAGUAUCCCAACGACACUCUUCGCUUUUUGGCCCUGUGGCUCAAUCAGGCAGACAGCGAAGCAGCCAACAAGUCGGUCCGCAAGCAUCUGAGCACGGUUCCGUCUUACAAGUUUGCUCCGCUAGUCAAUCAGCUGUCUUCUCGCUUGUUAGACAUACAGGACGAUUUCCAGCAGUUGCUGAUGGAGCUCAUGUUUCGAAUCUGUUCGGAUCACCCAUACCACAGCCUGUACCAAGUGUUUGCCGCGAGCAAGAGCAAGGCUUCGAGGGCAGACGAGGUGGCUCUCUCUCGGAAUGCGGCAGCGAACAAACUUGCCGACCUCGUCAACAAGAAGAGCGUGUCUACAACAAUCUGGGUGGCCAUCCACAACUGCAGCAUUUCCUUGUACAGGGUAAUCCAGGACAAGCCAUCGGACAAAGAACUCAGAACAGGAUCCAAGUUCCAGUUGCGAAAGCUGCCGUCGGCUCAGAAGCUUGAACAAAUCCUGAGCACUUCAUCUGUCAAGGUUCCUCCGCCAACAAUGAACAUCCCGCUGCGACCGGACCGUGACUAUUCGGCAGUUCCGGUGUUCAGUAAGUUCGACCCUAUGAUCUCUAUUGCUGGGGGAGUCUCGGCGCCUAAAAUCGUCACCAUGAUCGCAUCCGACGGGUCGCGGCACAAGAUGCUGUUGAAGGGUGGAAAUGACGACCUGCGUCAAGACGCGAUCAUGGAGCAAGUGUUCGAGCAGGUGUCGAAUCUUCUCAAAGACCAUCGUGCCACUCGACAACGAAACCUGGGCAUUCGUACGUACAAGGUCAUCCCUCUUAAUACAAACGCGGGUAUCAUCGAGUUCGUCAAAGACACGGUCCCGCUGCACGACUUCCUCCUGCCUGCACACCCUCGCUACUUUCCGAAAGACUACAAGCCGAACCGGUGCAGAAAGGAGAUCGCAGAGGCACAGAACAAGCCGCUCGACCAACGCGUCCGCGCCUAUCGGACGGUGGUUGCCAACUUUCAUCCGGUCAUGCGCUUCUUCUUCAUGGAGCACUUCCCAGAUCCGGAUGACUGGUUCUACAAGCGUCUCAACUACAGCCGGUCCACUGCGGCAGUGAGCAUCCUAGGUCAUGUCCUUGGCUUGGGCGAUCGGCACGGCCACAAUAUACUUUUGGACGAGAAGUCCGGGGAAGUAGUGCAUAUCGACCUGGGCGUCGCGUUCGAAGCGGGCCGCGUGCUGCCGGUGCCGGAGGUGGUGCCGUUCCGCCUGACUAGAGAUCUGGUGGACGGCAUGGGCUUGACGGGCGUCGAGGGAGUCUUCCGGCGAUGCUGCAACUUCACGCUCGAUGCACUACGCCGUGACCAGGAAGCCAUCAUGACCAUCCUCGACGUUCUACGCUAUGAUCCGCUGUACACGUGGUCGAUCUCGCCUUUGCGGCUGCAAAAGAUGCAGGAGAACCAUGCGCAAGCCGACGGGCCGGCCGCCACAGGUAUCUUGAACCCAGGCGACGGGGCCAAACGGGACGCAAUCGGCGAACCGAGCGAGGCAGACCGCGCGCUCACCGUGGUGGCGAAGAAACUCAGCAAGUCUCUCAGCGUCGAGGCCACUGUCAACGAACUCAUUCGCCAGGCCACGGAUGAGAGGAACCUUGCGGUUUUGUAUUGUGGGUGGGCUGCCUAUGCUUAA